AUGCUCGGCCUGCUCUUCCUGCUGCUGGCCGUGCUGACGCCGUUCUACCUCGUGUACAAGCCGCCGCAGGUGCUCAUGCGGUAUCUGCAGCGGCGCUGGCCGGACGUGCUGUGGCACGUCGACACCACGGAGAAGCUCGUGGCGCUGACCAUCGACGACGCGCCGUCGCCGUACACGCCCGAGAUCCAGCGCGUGCUGGCGGAGCACGGCGCCGCCGCGACGUGGUUCGUCAUCGGCGCGCAGGUCGACGGCCGCGAGGCCAUGCUGGCCGACCUCGUCCGCAGCAACAAUAAUGGGAGCAAUGACCAUGGGAGCAGCAGCAUCCGCCACGAGCUGGCCAACCACGCCAUGCACGACGAGACCUCCAAAGCGCUCAGCGACACCGUGCUGCGCGAGCAGAUCCUCGCCGUCGAGCGUCUCAUCCAGCGCGCCUACACCAGCACCAGCACCGCCAACCACUCCCCGCCUAAAUACUUCCGCCCGGGCGGCGGAUUCUUCAGCGCGCGCAUGCGACGGCUGAUGGCCGCGCAGGGCUACCGGCUGGUGCUGGGCGACAUCUACCCGCACGACGCGUUCGUGCCGUACUGGCGCGUCAACGCGCGACACGUGCUGUCGCUGCUGCACCCCGGCGCCAUCAUCAUCUGCCACGACCGCCGCCGCUGGACCGCGCCCAUGCUGCGCGCCGUGCUGCCCGAGAUCCGCCGCCGCGGCUACCGCGUGGUCACCGUGUCCGAGCUGCUGCUGCGCGCAGGCCGUGCGUGA